UCAUAAAGUGUUACCAUGAAGUCUAAACAUAUACCAUCAUCUAAAGAAAGUGGCAAACGAAUGAUGUAUAAAUGAAUUUGUGACUGAUGGUUUGGGCUCUGUGUGUUGUGCACUGCAUUGCUGUUCUGUAGCUUUUAGACCCGAUCCUCCUCCAGUCAGUGACUGUCAUCAUGGAGGAAAAGCAGACGGCUGUAGCCGAGUGAAGAGGACAAACCGCCGCAGCCGCAUCGUUGUUUCACCUCUUCUUAUUAUUUCAAAUCGGUGAUUUAUCAACACAAACAAGCACCGAAGAUACCUGAGCGGCCAAGAUGAAGCAUUUUCUGAGAGUGGUGACCCAGUUCUUCGUGUUCCUCUACUGUAAAUGUCUGUGGCGGGGCCUGAAGUUUGUCGUCAGGAAGUUUACGGGGCGCUGCGAGCUGCAGCGAAUCUGCUACAACAACAAGCAUGGAGCCCGCAGGACCCUCAAGAUAGAAUCCUCUCUGAGGUACUCCAAGAAUGAGCUGCUGCAGUCCUCCCUCAGUGUCCAUCCUGAUAAAGUGGAGAAAGCCAUUGAAGACAUCAUGGCGCUGAAGAAGAUUAACCCUGACACCAACCCACAGUUGGGCAUCUCUCUCCAGGCCAGCCUGCUGCAGAUUGUGGGCUACAGGAGCCUGGUGGCCGAGGUGGAAAAGCUGCGCAGGGAGCCUUACGACAGUGAAAACUCUGAGCAUGAGGAGAUGCUGAUGAAGCUGUGGAAGGAGCUGCGUCCUGACACACCUCUCACUGGCCGCAUCUCGAAACAGUGGUGUGAGAUUGGUUUUCAAGGCAGCGACCCCAAGACUGAUUUCAGAGGCAUGGGCCUGCUGGGCCUGCACAACCUGCUGUAUUACGCAGAACAUGACAAGGCCACUGCUCUGCAGAUGCUGCACGACUCCCUGCAACCAAAGCACAAUGAGAUAAACAAGCCUGAAUGGGAACAGAAGAAUAUAGACAAAGCUAUUGGAUACUCCUUUGCCAUCGUGGGCAUCAACAUCACAGAUCUGGCCUACUCUCUGCUGGUGAGUGGAGCUCUGAAGACCCACCUGUACAAUGUGGCUCCAGAGAUGCCGAGCCUGCUGCACUUCCAGCAAACCUUCUGUUACCUGAUGCAGGAGUUUCACCGUUUCUGGAUUGAGGAGGAUCCCAGCGACAUCAUGGAGUUCAACCGGGUCCGCUCCAAGUUCCACCGAAGGAUCCUGAGACAGCUGAAGAACCCGGACAUGGCACUGUGUCCCCACUUCUCCGCCUCUGACCUCCACCUGGUUAACCUCUAAACACACACCCCUGACCUGUGAACCUCCCCACAACCCCUCUGAACCCUUCAUACCCCCACAGAGGUCUCCCCUUUGAUGUCCAGUAGGCCAACUAAAAAAAAAUUCUGAAAAACCCUUUACCCUCACAUCCAUGUUUCCUCAAACUACUGGACACAUCUGGGGAGACUCUCUUCCUUCUCUGCUCAGCCCACCUUGUCCCAGCUAACGUCAUGUCGCGUCACUGCCAAAAGCUCACUCAACCACUGCACACAGACACACACACACACACGUACACACACACACUGCCUCUACGCCCUCACUGCAGCGUUACACCACCAGCAUCAGAGAUGACCAUAGCGAUUGUAGCUGUGCAUGAGGAGGCUGCACCACACGACUCAUCGUUAUCUGUUGCUUUAAUGAUUCAUGACGAUUGUAUCACAGCCGUUACACCUCAGUUAUGAACCCUGUGCUUAUUCUCAUAACAAACCAAAUUUACUUUUGCAGCCAAAAAAAAAAAAUCCCUUUUAGAUAACAAUGUAGUGCUCAUCAGUUCAGAAUAUUUUGGCAAUUAGCUGGUCAGGCUUUCAGACACAAAGUCAAAUCUCUCAUAAUUAAUGUUUUGUAUUCCAAAUGAAGAGCUAUAUGGAUAUAUGAGAUUAAAUGAAGUAUAAAAGGAAAUGUUGCUGGCACUGAUUCAAUCAAAAGCUAUUAAACAAUAGAGGGCCAGUCAUUUCUUAGCUUUGUUUGUGUUAGCUAAUCAAUAUAUAGAUUGUACUGUACUUUUUAUGUCAACAUGACAUUAACACCUAAGACUUCUCCUUGCCAAAAUAUCGAAUGUGGAGAAUUUACAAUCACAGCAGUAGUUUGUUUCUUGUGAGCUUAAAUGCACGUUUUGUAAACCUGCUAAUUGAUGUUCAUAAAUAUUUAAAACAUAUUGUUUUGUCAAGUUAAACAUAUUGAACAUGUCACAUUUGACAGGGGAAUGCCCUGUUUGUAUACUCAGUUCCUCUUGCUAUUGAUAACUUUUUUUUAAUUUUCCUACACGUUUACAUCCUUAAAAAAUAUUUCUAAAUAUUUCAUGAGCAUUUUGUUUACAGGUUUGCAAAACGUUUUUGCCUUUGCUUUGACUCCAUGCAGAGAUUAUGUUAUGAAUGUUUCUCACAUGCUCACAUUCACGAUUGUUUGACUCUAUUUUAAUUCAUUGAAUGUGACACUGUGUCCACUGUUGUAUCAGCCAAAGCAAUAAUUUACAUUCAUUUCACUGCACAUUUAUUUUAAAUGUAUUGAUUUGCACCAUGCGUGCCUAAGUACUUGUUUUAUUUUCUAACUCAGAGCUGGAAUGCUAAUCAAUUCAUAGCUGCUGCAUGUAGUGUUUUAAAUAGGUGUAAAAUAUUACCACAUUCAUUUUAAUGCAUUAGUGUAAUUAGUGAAAGCAAAUGUCCCCUGGAAGUGAGUGCACUGCAUUUUACAAUCUCAAAUUUGGCGGGCAAUUUGCUGAAUUGCUUUUAAUUUUUGUCGUUUUCAGUAAAGCCAAAGACACAAGGGAUCAUGUGACAGGAAGUAGCAGUCCAGUUUAUGCAGACAGUAGUCGUAAUGCUUUUAAAGCUCUUACUUUGAAGGAUAAAGGUACUUGGAACUUGGAUUUCUUGUACUUGGAGAAGUCUAGACUAAUACUCUGGCCUUGACCUGGACUUCUGACCUCCACCAUGAUCCCUUUUUUUUAAUUUCAAAUUCAUAUUAUUGCAGUAGAGAACUGACAGUGAAACUGUAAAAUGCUUAUGAUAGAGGCGUUGACCAGCCAAUCAAUGCUUCUUCUUCUUCUUCUUCUUCUUCUUCUUCUGCUGUUGGGUGUUGAUGCUGCUUUUGUCACUUGUUGUUAAUUAUUUUCAGCUGUUAAGUCAAGUUUUUACAACCGUAGAUGGCAGUAAACAUUCAUGAUAGAUGACACAGGGAAAGUCUGUAUUGCUAAUUUUACCUAACAUAAGCUUUUAUUUUUCCUAUUUUAAGUAUUUGUCCUAUGACACCAAAGCAGUUAAGAUCUAUAGUAAUAUAUCUGUUGGCAGUGGUAGUUGUUUUAAUUUGGAAUUGCAGAAUUACACUUUUAUUGUUUAUUAAGUUUUUUCUUGUGAUUUCUUUCGGGAGUCCUGAACCACUACACUGGAUGGCUCCCUAUUAAAAAACGCACACAAUCACCAUCCAACUGAUUGUCUAUGGAGAACCAGUUUGAUUGUUAUCUCAGCUCUGAGUCACACUUUGACUUUUCUUUGAAAGAUGAAUCAUCUGACACACUUUUUCCACAGUUGUGUUUUCUUCAACAUGUGACCACUGUGUUUAACAUACAUGAGCUAACAGCUCCGACAAAUGUAUGAUAUUAUUUCAAUGCCAUGCUUGCAUUGUUGAUUGUGUUCUAAUACUAUUGGAUAUAUUUGUCCCAUUGAAGUAAACGUUGAUGCUUUUUUCUGUCAGUAUUAUGCAGCUGUUUACUUCAGUGAGUGUCAGUGCUGGUUUCAUCUCCUGCUUGCAUUUUGUUUUGCUUUGCUAUGGUCAGCUUUGCACUACUGUAAAAAUUAUAAUGCAGUUUCCUUUAUGAUAAUAAACCGGUAAUUUGUGGUAUUAGGAGUAUACGAUACUGUAGAUGAAGAUAGAUACAUGCUGCUGUAUAUUCUGCUUUAAAACUGCCUAUAAAACCACAAUCUGCAUGAUGGUAUUUUCAUUGUCACUGAAACAGCAUUCUGUAUACUUCAGUAAAGCCUAAAGUACUAAUAGAUAUUGUAAUUGUAUGCUUCAUUUGUCUGUGCUGUACUUUUUGAGACCACAAUAAAGACUACAUGUCAGUUAAAAUUACAA